UCGUUUUUAAUACAGCCUCGAACGGUCGCGUACUGUCAACGUCAAGCAGUCGUCAACGUUGACCUCCUACCCCUCAUCCGAUUCCGAUCAUCUUGUCAUACCGCUUAAGUUUUUGCAAUAAAUUCAAUUUAUUUCGUUUCUUUUCUUUCAACUUAUAGUAAUUCAUAUACAAAUAAAAGUGCUCAACAAACCAAGCUAGUGACUUGGUAGCACUCAAAAUCCGAGGCCUCAGGCCUCGGCCUGUGGUCACACAUCCUUAAACUAUAAAACAAACCGCAAAAACCCUUUAAAUUCUUCGUGGCAAUUCACCCCUCCUUUAUAAUUUCGCAAUAUUUUUCUACCGUCGUUAAGAUGUCUCAGUGGAACAACUCUUAUCCUUACAACCAGGAUUACCAGGGCUCCAACACCUGGAAUGGUGAAUUAGGCAAUCAAUAUUCAAAUCAACAGUACUAUCCCCCCACACAACCUACUUACGAACAACCUAACCAGUAUGUAAACUUUCAAGAGUUUCUCUCUCAAAUGCAAGGCGGUAACGCCGCCGCGACAAGUUCUGCCUCAUACAGCAACACUCAGUAUCAAAACUACCCUAGCAACCAGUAUGAAUACCAAAACAUGCCUUCAACUUCUCAAAAUCCAUACUAUCCAACAUCAACUGCUGUUAAUAGUACAGAUCUCCAAACAUCACAUAGCCAAAUGAAUGUAUCAGAACCUAGCUAUAGCAAUCAAAUGGUAUUCAAAUCAAAUCUCACAGCAACAGCAACAGAAUUUGUGCCAAAGGGAACUCAGAAGCCACCAAGUCCUCCAGAAGACUCUUCCAAUUACAAUGGGCUGUCGGAAAGUAAGGAUAAUACUGCCGGAAACUGGAGAGAAAAGUCUUCCCAACCAAGUAGUUCCCGUAGCUUAAAUGAACCUCGAAAUGAUCAGGAAUCAAAGAAAAGACCAGAAAAAGACCGCAGGCGGCGUAAUGAAGGUCGUAACAAUAAUUUAAGUAGUCAAAUUGAACCUGAUAGUCAAUACAAUGAGCUUAAUAGUCAAAAUGAUCCUGAUGGUGGUGAAUAUGAAUCAAAUACUUAUAGUUAUGAUUCUAAUAAACAUAGUGCUGAGUGUAGCAAUCGUAAUAAUGAAGGCACCAGUCGAAAAUAUGACUCAAAUAAAAGUGGCCGUAAAAAUGAGUCCAGCCGUAACAAUGAGUCCAGCCGUAACAAUGAGAGCAGCCGAAACUAUGACUCCAACAGUUACAAUAAAGAAUCAAGCAGUCGGAAUAAUGAUUCUGACCGUAACCAUGACUCUCAAGACCGUAACCACUCAAAUAGGAAUACAGAUUCUGAUGCCCGGCACUAUGAGUCUAGCAGUCGUAACAAUGAUGGCAACAGCCGCAGCUACGACUCAAAAAAACGCUACGAAUACAAUAAUCGUAAUUAUGACUCUAGCAAUCGUGAGAGAGAUGGCGGCAGUCGCAACUACGAAUCAAAUAGUCGAAAUUACGAUUCUAACAAUCGAAGCCAAGACAGCAACCGUGGUGCUGACUCAGGGCGCUCCGACUAUAACCGUCGCGACUUCAACGGCCGCGACAGUGACUACAAUAGUCGUAAUAACGACUACAAUCAGGAUCGUGAAUACGGUCGUAACCAGGACUUUAAUAGUCGUGACUACGGCCGUGGCUACGACUCUCGUUACGACAGAGGAAAUAAAAAGUCUAAAAGUAAAGAAGCUGAUAAUAGAACUUACUAUAACAGUACAGCUAAGGGUAGUCAGGACGUCAGGAGUGGGAGAGCGGAGCGAGGAGAAGCCUCGGGCAGGAGUAGGAACUGGCCGGGAAGCCAGCGGGUGAGGCCGACGGAAAGAGCUGAUGAUGAGCAGUUUGCUAAAGGUUAUCUGGAUAAUCGGGAGGAUCGGUAUGCUAAAGGCUCAAGAUCAGAAACCACUUUUAGUCCAAGGAACAGGAAUAAGCAAAUAGAUCAUGGUGGGAACGUAGACCUGACCCAACGGGAGCGUCUCUCCGAGCAACUAGACAAGGGAACGUUGGAAUGUCUGGUGUGCUGCGAGAGAGUGAAGCAGAUAGACCCAGUGUGGUCGUGCGGCAACUGCUACCAUGUGCUGCAUCUCCGCUGCAUCAGGAAGUGGGCCAUGAGCAGCAUCAUAGAGGGAAAAUGGCGCUGCCCUGCCUGUCAGAACACGAGCUCCGAGCUUCCCUCGGAGUACCGCUGCAUGUGCGGCGCCGUGCGGAGCCCCGACUACCAGCGUGGGCAGCAUGGAGCCCACACAUGCGGACAGACGUGUCAGCGGCCCCGCUCCUGCCCCCACCCGUGCACGCUGCCGUGCCACCCCGGGCCCUGCCCGCCCUGCCAAGCCACCGUCUCCAAGCAAUGUGGCUGCGGCGCUGAAACCCGCUCCGUCCUCUGCAGCAGCAAGUUACCUCAAGUCUGCGGCCGAGUGUGUUCCCGUAAACUGGAGUGUGGCGUGCACUCGUGCGAGAAGGAGUGCCACGAGGGGCCGUGCGACGCUUGUGGGGCCUCCGUCGAGCAAGUGUGCCACUGCCCAGCCGCGAUGUCGCGCUCCGUGCCGUGCUGCGCGGCCACCGGGGCGUCCGCGACGUGGUCGUGCGGCGCCUCGUGCUCGCGCGUGCUGGCGUGCGGCGCGCACGUGUGCCGCGCGCGCUGCCACGCCCCGCCCUGCCAGCCCUGCGCGCUGCUGCCCGCCAGCGUGCUCACGUGCCCCUGCGGCCGGACCAAGUUACCUAAAGACAAGCGCAAGUCCUGCACGGACCCGAUACCAUUGUGCGGGAAUAUCUGCGCCAAGCCGCUCCCGUGCGGACCGGAAGGCGACAGGCACUUCUGCAAACUGGAGUGCCAUGAAGGUGCCUGCCCUGUAUGUCCGGAUAAGACCCUGCUGCCAUGCCGCUGCGGCCACUCCAGCCGCGAGGUGCCCUGCUCCGACCUUCCACAGAUGCUGGACAAUGUCUUCUGUCAGAAAAAGUGUAACAAGAAAUUGUCCUGCGGCCGGCACCGCUGCCGCGACUGCUGUUGCGCCGCCACAACACACCGCUGCGGCGUCGUGUGCGGCCGCACGCUGGCUUGCCAGCUGCACCGCUGCGAGCAGUUCUGCCACACCGGCCACUGCCCGCCCUGUACCCGCGCCAGUUUCGAAGAGCUAAGCUGCGAGUGCGGCGCCGAGGUGAUCCUCCCGCCGGUGCCGUGCGGCGCCAAGCGGCCCGCCUGCAGCGCGCCGUGCCGCCGGCCGCGGGGCUGCGGCCACCCGGCGCUGCACGCCUGCCACUCCGGCCCCUGCCCGCCCUGCGUCGUGCUCACGGCCAAGCGCUGCCACGGCCAACACGAGGAACGCAAAACGAUCCCAUGCUCACAAGAAGAGUUCUCGUGCGGGCUGCCGUGCGGCAAACCUCUGCCUUGCGGCAAGCAUACUUGCCAGAAGACGUGCCACAAAGGCCCGUGCGACGCCGGCAAAUGCACUCAGCCAUGCAACGAGAAGCGCCCAAGCUGCGGCCACCCGUGCGCCGCUCCGUGCCACUCGGGCGACAGCGACAAAGCUGACAAGGGUGACAAAGCUGACAAGGGCGACAAAGCUGACAAGGGCGACAAAGCCGACAAGCCAGCUUGUCCGAGCAGCGCUCCGUGCCGCAAGCUCGUGCGAGCUACCUGCCCGUGCGGGAGGCGAACUGCCGAACGAUCGUGUCACGAAAACGCUCGAGAUCUAGCGAAAAUAAUGAGUGCGUUGGCCGCGUCGAAGAUGCAAGAUGGCGGUUCUGUGGAUUUGUCGGAAGUUCAGCGCCCCGCCUCCAUGCUCAAAACAUUGGAAUGCGACGACGAGUGCCGAGUGGAGGCGCGCACUCGGCGCCUCGCGCUGGCGCUGCAGAUCCGCAACCCGGACGUGUCGGCCAAGCUGCAGCCGCGCUACAGCGACCACGUGCGCGCGCUCGCCGCCCGAGAGCCCACCUUCGCGCGGCAGGUGCACGACAAGCUCACCGAGCUAGUGCAGCUCGCCAAGAAGUCGAAACAAAAGACACGCGCCCACUCGUUCCCGUCGUGCAACUGGCAGAAACGUCAGUUCAUACACGAGAUGUGCGAGCAGUUCGGCUGCGAGUCUGUCGCGUACGACGCCGAACCGAAUCGCAACGUCGUCGCCACCGCCGACAAGGAGAAGUCGUGGCUGCCAGCUAUGAGCGUGCUGGAGGUGCUGGCGCGCGAGAACGGCAAGCGGCGCGUGCCCGGCCCCGUGCUGCGCGCGCCGGCCGCCGCCGCCGCCGCCGCCGCCGGCGCGAACAAUAAGUCGGGCAGCGGCUGGGCGACGCUAACGUCAACCAACGCGUGGGCGGCGCGCGCGCAGAAGGCCGAGCAACAACAACAACAAACCAAGCCCAAGAUAGACUACUUCGACAACCCGCCCGACAACUAGACACGUAAUGCACCCUGUAUACUGUGGGAAAUAUUUCUUAGUUGGGUGCACAGACAAGACAUCCUCCAGACUGAGCAUAGUCGCACUACCCCCUCUGCCACAUCAAAUUGUCUUUGUGUGACGCCCGUGUCUUUGAACGGACCAAUCACGGCUCACCUCGUCCCCCGCACCCCAGUAUUUUUGGCAGCAUCGGUUUCAUGAAAUAAUUGCUCUAAACUCCGUCUAGAGGAUUGGGUCUAGUCUAUGGUUGGGUAAAUCAACUUUUUUUGUGUUGUUAUCCUGUCCCGUUGUCCAAGGGACAUUAGUGGCUCACUUUGUUCGAAGAGAUGUUGUAUACCGUUCUGUCAACAUAGUAGAUGGCCCAUUAUGGAAAUUGGUUAUAAGUACCAUAAAAAUCCAUGUUUCAUACAUUUAAGUAACAUAAAAUUAGGAUUUCAAGAGUAUUUUGUCCCCGUCUAAUGAACUUAUUUACAAAAUGGCGGC